ACACGUACACACUCAGAUCCAAACCCCAAAUCAGGGACAUAUCGUUGGAUGGAAACUCCAUUGAUCUCUUCCUAUAAAUUGGAGGCAGGCCAUGCACACAUCCCACAUCAUCCCUCCCAAAGACCUUAUAUAUAGCUAGCUGCAUUCACUUCAGUUCAGUUCUCCAUCGAUCAUUACAUACUACACAGGCUAGCCUAGCUGAUUAAUUAGUCUACUCUGUAACACACAAUUGAGCUAGCUAGCCACAAGUGCAGAAAAUCUUGGGUCUUGUAGUGUGUUCUUGCUUACCUAGCUACGUACGUGCUAGCUGCAUCAGCGUCGUUCAGCACUUCAGCUGUGUCUCGAUCAGCUAGGAAUUAAUGGCUGCGGCGCACAGCUUCUUCUCCUUCUCCGUCGAGCCACUGCACCACUCGGCUUCGCCGGUGACCGCAGGAAAUUGCAGUCGCAAAGGCAGCGGCGGCGGUUUCUUCCGCCCUUCUCGGGUGAUAUGCCCCGGCCGGGAGCCCGCGUCGGAUGAACUGUCCAGUGAUCUUGAUUUGCAGGAGGGCCUGAUCACGAGUGUGCAAGCGUUGCUGCGUCAGCACCCGAAGAGCAGCCAUGGCAUGAUCACCACCGUUGAUCACCUCAAGCGCCUCUGCAUUGACCACUACUUCCAGGACGAGAUCGACAGCGUCGUGGACAGAUGCGUGGAUCUCAUCCACACCGAUGAUCUCUUUGAUGCAACACUUUCCUUGAGGCUGAUGAGAGAAGCUGGGUAUCAUGUCUCUGCAGAUGAGGUUCUUGGAAAGUUCGCAAACGGUAAUGGUGAAUUCAACCAUGGUCAUAGCAAAGAUAUCAAGGGGUUGCUGAGCUUGCAAGACAUGUCACAUCUCAACAUGGGAGAGGCUUCACUCUACAAGGCCAAGGAGUUCUCAAGCAAGCACCUUAGAUCUGCAACAAAGUACUUGGAGCCAAACCUUGCAAGGUAUGUGAGGCAGUCAUUGGACCAUCCCUACCAUGUGAGCCUGAACCAGUAUAAGGCCAGGCACCAUUUGAGCUACCUGCAGAGCUUGCCCACCAGGAACACUGCAAUGGAGGAGCUGGCUCUUGCAGAGUUCCAGCUUAACAAAAUGAUGCAUCAGAGGGAAAUGCAAGAGGUUAAGAGAUGGUGGAUGGAUUUGGGAUUGGCUCAAGAAAUACCGGCUGCCAGGGACCAGGUUCUGAAAUGGUACAUGUGGCCCAUGACUGUCCUCCCAGGGCUCCCCUUCUCUAGGUACCGGAUUGAGAUGACAAAGAUCAUCUCAUUGAUCUACAUUGUGGAUGACAUCUUCGAUCUUGUUGCCACUCAAGAGGAGCUCUCCCUUUUCAACCGAGCGAUUAAAAAGUGGGAUUUUGCAGCUGCUGAUUCACUCCCCACCUACAUGAUAUCAUGCUUUAAGGCUCUUUACACCGUCACGAAUGAUAUCGUAGAUAUGAUCAGAAAUGAGCAUGGACUAAAUCCGAUCGAUCAUCUCAAGAAAGCGUGGGCAACUUUGUUUGAUGGCUUCAUGGUUGAGACAAAAUGGUUGUCUUCUAAUCAAGCUCCUGCACCGGAAGACUACCUAAGAAACGGCAUUGUCACCUCAGGAGCACCACUUGUGUUCCAGCAUCUGUUCUUCAUGCUAGGUCACGGUUUAACAGAGAUCGACAGAGAUCGAAUUCCUCGGAUCGUCUCCUGCCCUGCAAAGAUCAUGAGGCUCAUGGACGACAUGGGCAGUGCCAAGGAUGAGGCCCAAGAUGGGCUGGAUGGAUCGUACAAGGAGUUGUACAUGAGAGAGAACCCUCAUGACAACGUAGAGGAGCACAUGUUGGAGAUGGUCGCCGGGGAGUGGGAGGAGAUCAACAGGGAGUGCUUCUCCAAGUCAUCCUUUUCGCCAACCUUCGUCGGGGCGUCUCUCAACUUUGCGAGGAUGGUCGGCAUCAUGUAUGGCUACGACGACGAGCAGAGGCUCCCUGUCCUCGAGGAUUAUUCCAGGAUGCUCCUCUUAUGAAUGUAUAGUAUAGCGCUUGUCAUUGCACAUAAAGUCUUGUGUAUUGGUAUAGUGCAUCUUUUGUAGUGAUGUUACGAAUUAGGAGGUUAAGGAGUUAACGUCAUGCACCGUAAGAGCGUGUUUGUUGCAAGUCACUAGACAAUACAUAGAUAUAGAUGUGUAUACUAUGGGAAUAGUCGUGAAAGACAUGUAAUUAAGGGGCAUGUGUGCAAUGUUCGGGCAGUAAUAGUCAUCUCUUCUUAUUGCUUCAGAGAUAUAUAGUAUGUCUUAUUAUUUCA